CUGUGUUCUUUGCGGCGCUCGAGUCCACACGGUAGAGAGAGAGAGAGAGAGAGAGAGAGAUGGCUGCGACCCUGGCGUGGAGGGAGAUUAUACGUGGCGACGCCGUGAACUGCUUCGAGCAAGUGCAUAUUCGCGACGUGUGGUUGGACAGGAACCAGGAAGCUUUCGGGGAAGAGAUUACGAGGAGGACCACGCGAGUGUACUCCGUGGAUGUGAACGACCUGCCCGCUGUCAACCUUGAUGUCGCUCUUGGUUACGCGGGGGACUUGCUGAGCCAUGUCCUCAUCUGGGUCACGAAGCUCGCUGACGACAUACCGGACGACUGGAGUAUGUUGCAACACGACAUCGUCGGGGACAUUGUCCUGAAGAGCGUGGAGUACCUGGCGCUGGAGCACGCGGAGCGACCGGACAUGGGGGCAUUCUACCACAUCUUCCUCGAUUGGCCGCUCGUCGGUCGGGGGUAUCUCCACGGCGAGAUCAGGUUGUAGUCGGGAAUCGUGGUGUGUUGAUGGUGUUGUUCUUGUGUAGAUGAGACGUGGGCAGUAUGGGUAUUCGGGGGUGAUCGUUGAUGGGAUUCGCAGUUACGCGAAUGGAACUACGGUAUGGGGUUAUGCUGCCGCACGCG